AUUCAUAAUCAUCUUGUAUGACACAAAUCAACUAUAAAAACAAGGUCAUGGACAAAUUAAAAUCCAUUUUCCUAUGUGGGAUUUUUCUCUUAUAUUCAUUACAAACUUCAUUAGCUUCGGUUGUUUCAACCGGAAACUUCAAUAACGACUUCUUUGUAACUUGGUCACCUAGCCAUGUCAACACUUCGGCUGAUGGCCGAUCAAGGAGCUUGAAGCUCGAUCAAGAAGCAGGUUCGGCUUUCGCUUCUAAUGACAUGUUUUUGUUCGGCCAAAUUGACAUGCCAAUCAAGUUGGUACCGGGUCAUUCAGCCGGCACAGUCUUGGCAUUCUAUCUUACAUCGGAUCAGCCUAAUCGAGAUGAAAUCGACUUUGAGUUCCUAGGAAAUGUUUCCGGCCAACCUUAUAUUCUACAAACAAAUGUAUAUGCUGACGGUUUUGAUAACCGAGAAGAGAGAAUUUACCUGUGGUUUGAUCCCACAAAGGAUUUCCAUACCUAUUCUAUCUUAUGGAAUCUUCAUCAAAUCGUGUUUAUGGUGGAUUUUGUUCCAAUAAGAACAUACAGGAACCAUGCAGACAAAGGAGUUGCGUAUCCUAGAUGGCAGCCUAUGGGCAUCAGGAUCAGCUUAUGGGAUGGUAGCAAUUGGGCGACACGUGGCGGGAAAGACAAAGUUGACUGGUCAAAAGGCCCUUUCAUUGCAUCAUUUGCAAAUUACACUAUCGAUGCGUGUGUAUGGAAGGGGAAUGCGAGGUUUUGCAGAGCAGAUAGUUCUAGCAAUUGGUGGAAUAAAGAGGAGUUUACUUCUUUAAGUUGGAAACAGAGGAGAUGGUUUAAAUGGGUCAGGAAAUAUCACCUGAUUUAUGAUUAUUGCCAAGAUAAUAAGAGAUUUAAUAAUAAUCUCCCCAAAGAAUGUUAUCUUUCAAAGUAUUGAUUUCCAUCAAAGAAUCUCUUUAGCUUAUGA